UGCAGCUGCUGAGCUCGAUACUUGCCUCACUUCCGAGGCCCUGCGCAGCAUCAUUGCGUCACAUCGCAGGAGAUCUGCCUGCGAGACUGGAGGCGGCGUGCGAUCAGACACUCCCCUGUCUCCUUAACGGGAACAAAUCGUUCGGAACGCAUCAUCGCAGCCAUUUACCCGGCCGGCAGCGGUCAUACGGCUAACAUGGACACUUCGGAGAGCAGGAACAAGAAGGUGAAGCUGAUCGGCAAGCUCCAGAACUGGGGAAUGCAGCGGGCGACCAACGUUACAUAUCAGGCUCAUCAUGUCAGCAGGAACAAGCGAGGCCAGGUUCUGGGAACAAGAAGUGGAUUUCGUGGCUGUACAGUCUGGCUAACAGGUCUAUCCGGUGCUGGAAAGACUACGGUGAGCAUGGCGCUGGAAGAAUACCUAGUGUGCCAUGGCAUUCCCUGCUAUACUCUCGAUGGGGAUAACAUCCGUCAUGGACUCAGUAAAAAUCUUGGGUUCACGCAGGAAGAUCGCGAGGAAAACAUUCGCCGUAUCGCUGAAGUUGCCAAGUUGUUUGCAGAUGCUGGUCUUGUGUGUAUUGCCAGCUUCAUAUCUCCGUACACCAAGGAUCGUAACAAUGCUCGGCAAAUUCAUGAGGCAGCUGGGCUACCGUUUUAUGAAGUGUUUGUGGAUGCCCCUUUGUAUGUUUGUGAGCAGCGCGAUGUUAAGGGGCUAUACAAAAAGGCCAGAGCCGGGGAAAUCAAAGGCUUCACGGGGAUUGACGCAGAGUAUGAAAAGCCUGAAGCCCCAGAACUAGUACUGAAAACAGACUCCUGUGAUGUAAAUGAUUGUAUACAACAAGUUGUCGAGCUUUUGCAGGAAAUGGAUAUUGUACCUGUAGAUGCAUCCUAUGAAGUCAAGGAACUGUAUGUGCUAGAAAACAAACUGCAACUGGCAAAGACUGAUGCUGAAACUUUGCCCACUUUGGAAAUUAACAAGGUCGACAUGCAGUGGGUACAGGUCCUGGCAGAAGGCUGGGCCACACCAUUAAAUGGCUUCAUGAGAGAGAGAGAGUACUUGCAGUGCCUUCAUUUUGACUGUCUGUUGGAUGGGGGUGUUAUCAACUUGUCUGUGCCCAUUGUCCUGACUGCCAGCAACGACGACAAGCUAAGACUUGAUGGAUGCACUGCAUUUGCCCUGGUUUAUGAAGGGAAACGAGUGGCCAUUCUUCGCCAUCCUGAAUUCUAUGAGCACAGGAAAGAGGAGCGUUGUGCCAGACAGUGGGGAACUACCUGCAAGGAACACCCAUAUAUCAAAAUGGUGAUGGAGAGUGGAGAAUGGCUGGUCGGUGGAGAUCUGCAAGUGCUUGAUCGCAUUUACUGGGGUGAUGGACUUGACCAGUAUAGGCUGACACCAGCAGAACUGAAGCAAAAAUUCAAAGACUUGAAUGCUGAUGCUGUUUUCGCAUUUCAGCUACGCAACCCAGUACACAAUGGCCAUGCCCUCUUGAUGCAGGACACACACAAACAGCUGCUGGAGAGAGGCUACCGACGUCCGGUGCUGCUCCUCCACCCGCUGGGCGGCUGGACAAAGGACGACGAUGUCCCCCUGAUGUGGCGCAUGAAACAGCAUGCAGCGGUGCUAGAAGAGGGGGUGCUUGAUCCAGAGACAACUGUGGUCGCCAUCUUCCCAUCACCCAUGAUGUAUGCUGGCCCAACUGAGGUCCAGUGGCACUGCAGGGCUCGCAUGGUGGCUGGGGCUAACUUCUACAUUGUGGGGCGAGAUCCUGCAGGAAUGCCGCACCCAGCUACUGGGAAAGAUCUGUAUGAACCCACGCAUGGGGCCAAAGUGCUCACCAUGGCUCCUGGUCUUAUUUCACUAGAAAUUGUUCCAUUCCGGGUGGCUGCCUAUAACAAGAAAAAACAAUGCAUGGAUUAUUUUGACUCCGCACACCCUGAAGAUUAUGAAUUUAUUUCAGGAACUCGGAUGCGCAAACUUGCCCGAGAGGGACAAAAUCCUCCUGAUGGCUUCAUGGCUCCAACAGCGUGGAAUGUACUGAAGGAAUAUUAUAAAGCCUUGGAGACCGCCUAACUCAUUAUGCUUUUUUUUAAUCUUCUUGACAUCUCUUGAUAGGACCACAAGAAUUCUUUGUGCUUAUGUGGUUGUGGGUCCCACCGGGGUGUGUUUCUAAAUACCAGCAAUAUGUCUCUAAUCAAUGCUUGCCUUUUUAAAUUGAGCU